AAAUUAUUUAUUUGUUUUUUAUGAAAAAAAUAUUUUUAUCAUAGAAACUAAAGAACUUUAUUUGUAAAGAAGGUGGCGAAGAGUGACAAACCUCUAAUCAGUGACAAACUUCAAAUCUGUUAUUAUUUUCGUACAGACAAUCAUAGCACGCACGUAGUAUGUCGUACAUACACGGUGUAAGUUGGAUUUAAGAGGUGAAGCGUUUUAUUUCUAAAACGUCGGUGAACGUUUAAAUGUAAAAUGACAUCUGUGGACUCAGGAAUUGAAACGAGUAAUAAUUCGGACGAUAGUUCAAUUGCUCAAAAUGAAGAUAUGUUAACAGAUGAAAUUAACACCGUCAGUUCAGCUGUUGCAACAAUAAGCAGUACUCAAAAUGAUAUACGUGACACUAAACCAGAAAAUCUUCGUAUUGAAAUCGGAUCGGAUUGGUUGAAGUGUUCGCCAGGUGUUCGUUUAUCACUUCCAUCUUUAGUUUCAAUAAAUGAAAAUUACAAAUAUCCCGAAGAAAUUGAACAUUCUACACCUACAAGUAGUUCAGGACUAAUAAUUCCUUCCUCAAGUGUUUCAUAUAAGUUUAUUACACCACCACCAAAAUAUGCAACAUUACCAAAAAAAAGUAUUGUUCGUAGAAAAAUAAGAGCAGUGCAUAUGUCACCUAGAUAUAAUCCUGUUCUUUGGAAUGGCCCUAGAUAUUCUAUUACUGAACGCAGAAUGAGAGCUGCAGCAGCCACAAAUAAUACUAUUAUGUUGAAGCACUUGUUAGACAGUGGUGCUUCACCUAACAAUCAUGAUGAACAAGGACGAACUCCUCUUCAUCUUGCAUCUUGCAGGGGUUACACAGAAAUAGUACGUUUAUUAUUAGAACAUGGUGCAGAUCCUAAUCGUCGUGAUUGUGUAGGUAACAUUCCAUUGCACUUAGCUGCUGUGACUGGUAAAAUAUCUGUGGUUACACUUUUGUUAAAUGCGGGGACGGAUCUGUUAUCUUUGGAUCAGGAAUGUUACAAUCCAUUAAAAUUGGCACGGACAAAAUUGAAAUUGUUACAGAACUGUAAGGGAGAGGAUAUGCUGAGAAUCAGAGAAGAAGUUGAGAAUGUAAAAAGUAUGUUGUUGGGAUAUUUACUAAAACAGAAAGUAAUCCACAAAAAAAUGGAUACCUUAAGUACCUUUUGUUCACGCUUGUCUUUAAAUAAUCCACCUGAUCAAAUUCAAGAUAAUGUCAAAGGCUUAUUGGCUAAUCUAGAUGCUCUUUCUAUAACACAGUAAUUAAUCAUGUGCGUUAACAGUUUAUUUUGAUCAAUAUUCAUAAAUUACGGAUGAUACAAAAAUUGAAGAGGAGGUCAACAACAUGUGUUAAAUUUUCAACCAUAUCGUUAUCAUAAUAAGUAAAUUUUUUCGUAGUUAAUCGAUACCACACGAUUAAAAAUCUUUUAUGAUAAAUAUUUGUUAAAUAAUGAUAUAUUAAUUUAUUCGUUUAAUUAUCGUCAAAUAACGAUAAAGUUGCAAUGUACAAAAUGAAAUAGAAUUGUGAUGCAACUAAUCAAGUGGAUGCUAUAUCUAUUCAUUGAGUUACUUCAAAUUAAAGUGUCAUUAUUAUUA